GGGUAUGCACUUGUUGAAUACGAAACCUACAAAGAAGCUAAGAAUGCAAUUGAUGCCGUUAACGGAGCAAAGCUUCUAGGCGCUACAUUGCAUUGUGAUUUUGCUUUUAUAAGAGCACCUAUCAGUAUUUCUUCUGGGACAGAUAGGGAAUCUCGAGAUCGUG